UUCUGACCGAGAAAAGGGGCGGUGAUUCCUUUUUGCCCUCGUUUUUCUUAACGUAGCUACUCCCCUUCCUUUUCUACAUUCAAUUCUUCCUAACAUGGCUGCUAUUUCAGCCUGGUUUUGGAACGAAAGAUUUUGGCUACCACAUAAUGUGACUUGGGCGGAUUUGGCGGACCCAGCGCCAGGAGUGGAGUAUCCUAAAGUCCGACAUUUGUACCCUGUCUUGCCUCUGGCCGUAGUCAUCUUCGCUGUCAGGAUAUUCUUCGAGAGGUUCAUCGCAGGGCCAUGUGCAGCUGCGUUACGUAUCCAGGCGGACACGACUCGGAGGGCCCAGCCCAAUGCGGUGCUGGAAAAAGUGUUUACAUCCAUCACAAAGUGUCCAGACUCGCGGCAUCUGGAUGGGCUGUCCAAGCAGCUGGACUGGGAGGUGCGGAAGGUGCAGCGCUGGUUCCGGCAGCGGAGGAACCAGGACAAGCCCAGCCUGCGCACUAAGUUCCGGGAGAGCAUGUGGCGGUUCGUCUUUUACUUGGGCAUAUUUGCCUAUGGGAUGAGUUUUAUAUCGCAGAAACCAUGGAUGUGGGAUACUCGGAAAUGCUGGUACACCUACCCUUAUCAGGUCCUGACUCCUGACGUAUACCGUUACUACGUCAUAGAACUGGCCUUCUACUGGUCUCUCAUGUUCUCCCAGUUCAUCGACAUCAAGAGAAAGGACUUCCUGAUCAUGUUUGUGCAUCACCUGGCCACCAUCAUACUGAUCAGCUUCUCCUUUGCGAACAACAUGGUGCGGGUCGGCUGCCUCGUCCUGGCCGUGCACGACUCCUCCGACUUCCUCCUGGAGGCUGCCAAGCUGGCCAACUAUGCCAAGUACCAGCGUGUGUGUGACUUCCUCUUUGUGGUGUUUGGCAUCUGCUUCUUCAUCACGCGGCUCGUCAUCUACCCAUUCUGGGUGUUGUGGUCAGUGCUGUUUGAGAGCUGGGAGAUCGUUGGGCCGUACCCCUCCUGGUGGCUCUUCUGCGGCCUGCUGUCGGUGUUGCAGGUGCUGCACGUCAUCUGGUUCUACCUCAUCGCUCGCAUCGCAACCAAGGCAAUCAUGCGUGGGAAGGUGUCGAAGGACGUGCGCAGUGACAUCGAGAGCAGCUCGGAGGAGGAGAAGACGACGGAGGCGGCGAGAGGAACAGGAGAGCGCGGGGCGGAGCAGGAGCAGGAGUGUACGAGCGCCCUCCGACACGCCAACGCCACCGCUAACACCGCCGGGCCAAAAGGGGAGAACGGCACCAACGGCCACUUCAGUGGGACCAAGGCCUGGAGCCAGAACCAAAACCAGAACCAGAGCCAGAAUCACAACAGCUGGUGACGACGGUCACGACACCGACCGGCACCAAAAAAAUUCUGGAGUGGAGCGUAGUAGUGGCCUUAUGAUCUUUGUUGACAUCACAUCACUGGCGGCUGAGAAGGGCCCUCAACCCCUCGCCACUCCACUCCACCGCCUCCAUCUCCAUCUCCUCUCCUUCUCCACUCCACUCCUUCUCCAUCUCCUCUCCUUCUCCCCUCCUCCUUCUCCUCUCCUUCUCCACUCCACUCCUCCUCCACCACAUCCACCUCCAUCUCCUCUCCUUCUCCUCAUGAAUUAAGCCCAUCGGCCUGGGUCCUUCCACCCCUCCCCACUCCUCCUCCUCCUCUUCCUCUCCACUUCUCCACUUUACUCCUCCUCCAAAAAUCUACUUACUCCUUCUCCUCCCCAGGAAUUCAGCUUGCCGUGCCAGAACUGUCCACCCCCUCCUUCUCCUCCUCUUCUCCUCCUUCUCCUUAUGAAUUCAGCCCAUCGGACUGGGUCCCUCUGCCUCACUCCACUCCUCCUCCUCCACUACCACUUCCACCUCCUCCUUCUCCUCUUCCUCCUCGUGGAUUCAACCUGUGGGGCCGGGACCAUCCAACCCACCCUACUCCUCCUCCUCUACUCCUCCUCCAGUUUUUCUCAUGAAUUAAGUCCAUGGAGCUGCUUCUCCUCUAUGACUCCUCCUGGCCUCCCCACCUCCCUCCCCACUCUGCCUCCGUUCCUGCCUGACCAAACGUCCUGCUGUGGGCUCCCACACGUGUGUGUCUGACCUUUUUCCUCUCCCCACACAAGAGACUAAAAAAAUGCUCAAGGAUGGGUAGCAUGGAUAUAUGGACACUAAAGUGAUGUAUUUGUGUGUGUGCGUGCAUGGGAAUACCAAAAAAUAAAUGAAUAAACGUGAGGAAUGAAGGUAUGAAUGAAAGCAGAGGGGGAAAAAGAGAUUAAAUCAAAUUACUUUGACGCAUCAGGCGUAAUGUGUGUUCUACUCCUCACCCACUCCCAUGUCUUCACGUUUUACUGAAGGCUGGGAGAAAAUAAGAUGUCUACUUCCAGUUUUACUGUUUUGGCUGUACUUGACGACGUGUUUGUUUUGUUUUGAAUAUGAAUAUUUGAUGGUUCUCCUCCUGACUGUUUGUUUCUGGUCUGCUCUGCUUAUUGUUUUACUGAAUUUUUAUGUAGAGAUUAAAUAAGUUUAUUAAAAUGUCACUGAUUUAUA